AUGGCGGCGUCCGGGGCGGCGGCGGCGGCGGCGGCGCGCAGCCCGGGAGCCCCGGCGGGAACGGCGGCCCGAGCCCAGCGUCCGCCCUCGGUGCGGCCCGCGCGGCUGCCCCCGCUGCUCGUGCUGCUGGCGGCGGCGGCGGCGGGGCCGGGCGCGGGCGGCGCGGCGCGGCUGUACCACGCGGGCGAGGACGCCGUGUGGGUGCUGGACAGCGGCAGCGUGCGCGGGGCCACGGCCAACAGCUCGGCCGCGUGGUUCGUGCAGUUCUACUCCUCGUGGUGCGGCCACUGCAUCGGCUACGCGCCCACCUGGCGGGCCCUGGCCGGCGACGUGCGAGACCUUUGCUUGGCCAGGAAGGGACCUGCACCAGACUGGGCCGCCGCGAUCCGCGUCGCCGCCCUGGACUGUGCGGAGGAAAGGAACCACGAGGUGUGCCAGGCCUACGACGUCCGCUUCUACCCCAGCUUCCGGUAUUUUAAAGCAUUUACAAAGGACUUUACAACUGGAGAAAAUUUUAAAGGGCCCGACCGAGACCUGCAGACCAUGAGACAGGCCAUGAUCGACUUCCUGCAGAACCACACGGAGGCGAACAGGCCUCCUGCCUGCCCCGCGUUGGCUCCUGUUCGGCCCAGUGAUGUUCUUUCCCUCAUUGACAACCGUGAUGGCCGCUACGUGGCUAUUCUGUUUGAGAGCAGCAGCUCGUAUGUUGGACGUGAGGUGAUUCUGGACCUGAUCCCUUACGAGAACGUCGUGGUGAAGAGAGCCCUGGACACAGACCAAGCCUUUCUGGAGAAACUGGGUGUUUCUUCUGUUCCUUCCUGUUACCUGAUUUACCCAAAUGGGUCACACGGGUUGGUCAACAUCGUGAAGCCUCUCCGGUCAUUCUUUUCCUCUUAUUUGAAGUUGUUGCCGGAUGUGAGGAAAAAAUCACUUGCAUUGCCCGAGAAGCCAAAUGAAGAAAAUUCUGAAGUCGUGGAGUGGAGAGAGUUUGACAGGUCAAAGCAGUACACAGCGGACCUGGAGUCGGGGCUGCACUACCUCCUGAGGGUGGAGCUGGCCACCCACAGGACCCUGGCUGGGGCUGAGCUGAAGACACUGAAGGACUUUGUCACCAUCGUUGCCAAGCUGUUCCCCGGCCGGCCGCCCGUCAGGAAGCUGCUGGAGAUGCUGCAAGAGUGGCUGGCCAGCCUGCCCCUGGACAGGGUCCCCUACAACGCCAUCCUGGACCUGGUCAACAACAAGAUGCGGAUUUCUGGAAUAUUCCUUACUAAUCACAUAAAGUGGGUUGGAUGUCAAGGAAGCCGACCAGAGUUGAGGGGUUACACGUGUUCUCUCUGGAAACUGUUUCACACACUCACUGUCCAGGCGGGGACCCACCCAGAAGCUCUGGAUGACACAGGUUUCGAAGACGACCCUCAGGCAGUGCUGCAGACCAUCAGGAGGUACGUCCACACCUUCUUCGGGUGUGAGGAGUGCGGCGAGCACUUCGAGGAGAUGGCCAAGGAGUCCAUGGGCUCCGUGAAAACCCCGGACCAGGCCAUCCUCUGGCUCUGGAAGAAACACAACCUCGUGAACAGCCGCCUGGCAGGCCACCUGAGCGAGGACCCCAGGUUUCCAAAGGUCCCAUGGCCCACCCCAGACCUCUGCCCAGCCUGUCACGAGGAGACGAGGGGCCUGGACAGCUGGAACGAAGGCCAGGUGCUCCUGUUCCUGAAGCAGCACUACGGCAGCCACAACCUCGUCCACACGCACUCUGCGGCCUUGGGAGGGGCGGGCGAGGCCGAGGAGCAGGAUGGAGGCCCCGGAGCCCAGAGCCCGCGUCCGCCCCGGGUGCUGCCCCCCACACCGCGCCUGUCGGAGCCGCCACAUCUGGGGCUGGACGGGCCCCGGGGCCACAGGGACACCAAGGCCGCCGCACCCUUUCUGGGGAUGGGCUUCUCCAGCCUGGACAUGAGCCUCUGCGUCGUGCUGUACGUGGCCUCCUCCUUGUUUCUGAUGGUGAUGUUCUUUUUCUUCCGAGUGCGAGCCAAGCGAUGGAAAGUCCGGCAUCACCACCCGUCUGUGUAGGAGACGCCUGUGGGAACAGCCCACCCAAGCCGGCAGCUUUAACACUCUGAUCAGGGAUCCAUAGACAUGGCGGACCUGCCCUCACGUCGGGGCAGCUUUGGCUCCGAGCUGGGGCUGUUUGCCUUCCGGGCACACUCAGUGGGCACCUUUGACAGGGCCAUAGCAAAGUGACUUCUAUAUUUUUACUCUUCUAGGUCUCAGAGUGGGGGUGGGGUGUCCAGGCCAAAUGAACAGGAUGUUUGUGCCCACUUUCACCUCAAGUUUACUAGAUUCUGUGUCCAGUUCUGCAAAGCCUUGUUUUGGGAUUUGGAGAAAGACCCACCGCAGCCACGGACCCAGAGCAAAGCAAGUGCUGGGUUUGUGGAAGGACCCCCUG